GUUUACAUUUUGAAAAAUUCUUUUUCUUUCAAUUAAUUUUGUCUUUUAAUUUAAUUCCAUCUUCUUCUUUUUUUUUCUAUUAAUUUCUCAUCGAUUUUUUUAUUUAAUUGUUGUGUUAAUUUUCUUCUCUCGCAUCAUUUGGAGAGAAUCUUAGAAACUGUAGAAAUGGUUCAUGCAAGGUAUGCUAAAAGUAGUAAACAUAAGAAGUUGAAAAGUGUUGAUCCUGCUUAUAAAACGCAUUCGCAGCCGAUUUCUAGUGCGAGAAAAUCUAAGAAAAAAGCUCUAAGGGAAAAAGCGAGAGUAAAAAAAUUGGCCGAGCAACAUGUUCCUAAAAGAAUGGCCGCUUUAAUGGACAUGGAUGGUGAAGAUUUUGAGGAGGAGAAACCAAAAAGAAAAAGAAAAUCAAAAUAUGGACAAUCUUUAUUGAAAGUUACUACUAAUAUGGAUGAUGGAGAUACUAUUGGUGCCACUCGACCUCUCAAAUCGAUACCCGAGACUCUGCAACAAGGUCCAUAUGAAAGUCAACACUCAUUUUUAAAACGAUUGGAUAAAUUAUGCAAUAAAGUUCGUGGUGAAACUAAAAUUGAAGCAAAAUAUAAUUUGGGAGAUAAAGUUGAAAAGGAUGAAACCAAGACAAGUAACAAAAUAUUGAGACGACGAGAACGAGAUAAGAAACGAAAAUCUAAGAAAAAAAGAAACCGAGGCCAAAAGGAUGACAACGAUUUCCCGAAAACCGAAUCAAAUAUAUUUUUGCCUGCAUAAACACAGUAUAAUUGUUAUUAUUAAACUAUUAUUUUGGUUCAACUAA